AUGCCUCGAACUCGAUCUGCGGCUCCAGCCGAGCAGCCAAAGUCUGCGGAACAUAAGGCUUUAAUGGCCGCUGAAAAACCUACUAAAACAUUCAUCCUGCCUGCGUCCACCAGUGCCGAUGCGCGCUUGGUCUCCCUUCCAAACCCGCGAUCGACCGAAUUAAGCCAAUAUUUCUUUUGCCCACAGCGCGGUCUUUUUGAAUUCACAGUGAUUGCUGCGCCUUCUCACCAGCCUCGAAGUAUUUUAUUCACUCCUUGUGCGCGAGAGCCGAGUUCUGUGUCCGAUGAUGAGAAGCCCACUUCCCCGACUGGGUCGAUUUCGAAGAAAGCAGACCUUCUCGUCGCAACACCCAUUGAUCCAGUCUUUUUCUUGGUUCCUCUUUUAUCUCCCCCCUCGAAAUCAGGCCAAUCGCUUUUUCAGCCUCUGGACGAUAUCAUCGACUCCAACGAUGACCUCCCUCCCCACUUGCGCCAGGUUCUUUACGACGACACAUUCCGAAACACUCUGCUCGCGCGCGCAGAGGCUAUUUGCGAUACCGUGGAAGCUGGUGAUGAGAAGAUGCUACGGUUCAACGAGACAAAACUUCUCAAGGAAUUAAUUGCCAAGGCUGAACGGAUGGCAACACAAGGCCUGCCUCCAAGUUUAGAGGAGCAGUUCAUUCGCCAGGCAUUGGCUGCUCCACUUAUGUCGGUCAAGAGAGACGACGUUGUCACUAGUCAAAUCUCGGUUUUAAAAGAGAAUGACGGCGAGACAAGCACCAAUUCAGAUGAUAGACCGGACUCCCCAUCAACAAUGGCGACGACUACCACCCCAUCGGUGUCUACACCAGCAGGUGAGUCGACACCCGUGCCACAACCUGCUGGCGAAGACAACUGCUCUGCGGACAAUGUCGCUCGCCUGUUACGCAUCUCUACCGCCCUAGCAUUUAUGAAAGAAUCGUACAUGCCGAAGGCUUUGUGCACUCGCAUCGAUGAGCUUCUUGCCACACCCGAAAGUCCUUUGGAUUUCCAGCCUCUCACAGACCGUCUGAAGGAGCUUGUUGAACUCCGUGCUGAAGCUCUCUCGUCCAGAACGAUGUCAGAUUUCAGUCGGAAACGUGGUCUUGAUGAUGAAGAAGUCGAGGCUCGCGCGGAGAAGAAGCGCAAGAAGGAUGAAGAUGACAAGAAGGCUAAAGCUUUGGAGUCUCGGGGUGUUCGUGACUUGAAGAAGGUGAAUACAACUGGUAUGAAGAAAAUGAGUGAUUUCUUCGGGAAGGCUGCCGCUAAGAAGAAGACAUGA